AUGGAGCUCUUCGUCCCGGCGGAUUACAUUUUCUUCGUGUGCCACAGGGUGAUCCUGGCUCUGGUGCGAACCUACUGCCCUACAGUUUCCUCAGAUGCUCCAAACAAGACUGCUCCCGUUGCUGCACUGAAGAAGCAGGUGGCCAAGUUCUUCGAGGAUAGCAACCUCGCUGCACUUUGGGGCGAGCUGGAGAAGCAUUGGGCCCCGAAGGUUCGUUCACGCAGGAACCUUCAAGCCUUGUGUGAUGAGGGGGAUGAUGCUGGGUUUGAUGAGGAAAAGGAAGAGGAGGAAGCCGAGGAAGAGGCUACCUUAACCGAACCGGAGGAUGAUGAUGAUCGCUUGGAGCUGGUUGAUCCCUACCUAGCCGAAGCUAUGGGUUUGGAGGCCGGGUCACCUCCUCCGCCCUCGGCCUGUGUGGGCACGAUUGCAUAUGAAGUGAAUGAGGACUUAGGCCACCCGAUCCCCUAUGAAGCCUAUGGAGCCACAUCAAAGAACCUUUCCGAUGAUGCUGGCAAUGAUGGCGAUGUUGAUCUUGUGCAGCGAAUCGCUCAUCGCCGGGCAGCUUUGAGUGGGCAGCAGGCUGCCCACAAGUGGAACGGAAUCUCAGCAGGAUAG